AUGCAGGCGCUGGGCAAUCAAAUCGGCUACAAGGUCCGCAACAUCUCGCAUCAUGGCCAGCCUACCAUCGUGAUCGAUCUCAACGACAGCAAUGGCCACUGCCACAAGUUCAUCACAAGCUAUUCUUCCAUGGAUACUAUCGAGGGCACAGUCACCAUCACUGCGCCACACGACACUCGUUUUGAGGAUAUCGACAUCGCAUUCACUGGUACAAGCCAGCCAAUAGACCAAUCAAACUUCCCCUCCCCAAGAAUCUUUGAAGCUGGAAGACCCUACAAGUUUCCCUUCACAUUUACCAUCCCUUCGCAACUACUACCAAAAGCCUGCUCGCAUACAGUAGUCUCGGAUCACAUACGCGACGUACAUCUCUCACUACCACCCAGCAUUGGCGAUCCCGACCUUGCUGGUUUUGGCAGUACACUGCUUGAUGACCUUGCGCCGGAAAUGUCAAAGAUCACCUACGGAAUCCAAGUCAAAAUCGCGCACACUCGCGGAUCAGAAGGUAUCUCGGUGCUUGCUGAGAAGCUGAAGAAAGUGCGCGUGAAGCCAGCCUUUGCAGAGCAGCCCCCGCUGAACAUCGAUCAUAACGACGAGUACCGAUCGCGACAGGAAAAGACAGUCAAGAAGGGUUUGUUCAAAGGAAAGCUCGGGACGUUGUCUGCAAAGACUAUCCAGCCGCCACCUCUUGUCAUUCCGGGCGCAAGAUCAACGGAGGGCAGAACGAUCACGACUAUGGCGAAGUUAGUUCUCCGUUUUGAUCCCACAGAGGAGACCAGCGCACCACCGAAACUCGGUUCACUCGGAACAAAGAUGAAGGUCGUGACCUACUACGCCUCAGCUCCUAGGCAGAAUCUACCAACGCGGUCUACGCUCGGGUUCGAUCUGUCGCAAGGCCUGUACUCCGAGUACGUGCCGCUGUCCAAUCUUUGCAUCGCCUCCGCCCAGUGGGAAAAGCACGAUGCGGCACAAAACCCUAGUCCAGAAAGCCUAGUUCGACGCGACUCUGGUAUUAGCGAUUGCUCAACUCUGAGCGAAGCGGAGAAGGCCUUCGCGAUUGGCAUCCUACCUGCAUCCAAGGAUUACAAGCAAGGUGCCUUCUACACAGCGCAGAUCUUGGUGCCAAUCACCCUUCCCAUGACACAAAACUUCAUACCGACAUUCCAUUCCUGCCUCAUCUCACGAACAUACACCCUCGCGCUGCAAUUCUCCGCCCACGGAAGCUCCAGUAUGCAUCUCAAGGUUCCGAUCCAAAUCUGCGCCGAAGGCAGUGAUACUGGUAUUGAGAAUGCUAGGGCGAGGAGUGUCGAGGAGACGGCAUUCAGAGCUGCCUCUGAUGUCUUUGCUCCGCGCAGUGUUGCGCCUCCAAGCCCUGAGACGACUCGCAGCGCGAGUGUUGGAACGCGAGAAGAGAUGCCGCCCGGCUAUUCGGCUUUUGCGCCGCCCAGCACGAGGUACAGCGUGAGCCAUUCUAUCGUGACCUGA